AUGUCGAUGCCCGCCCGAGCUAUCCAGCGACCCGAUUCACGGGCGUCGACGACGAGCGCGACUUCCCAGCCCGAUGGUGCUGCCCUUCCGCGCCUUGACGGCAAGCCCUCGGCCGCAAGCUUCAUGAACAACACCGCUCCCGAAGCCGCUCUUUUGCAGUACCAAGCUGGCAUCGCCUCCCAUGCUGCUCCCAUGUACGACAUGUCACAGCAGCGUCACCUGCAUCACCUCGCGCAUCAUCACUCCCACGCCCCCCAGUUUCCGCUGCAAGGCGGGUACGGCGGGCCUGAGGCGCAGUAUGUUCAGCCGGAGGUCGCCUACAGCAAUCAUGUCCGGAUGGGCUCGGUACCUGUGCAUUCUGGCGCGGAAAUGCAAGACGACCGGAGGAGAAAGGGUUCCGCCGUGACCGCCACCAAUGACAAGGAGUUGAGAGAGAUGCUCGCCAAAAAUGAAGGCCGCCCUCUUCGCGAUGUCGCCCAGGAAGUCAUCCAAAAGGAGCGAACGCCAAUGGCCGAGAAGACCAAGCAGCUGUUUGCCAUGCUCUGGCUUCGCCACGUUUGCAAGCCCGCAAAGACCUCCGUUCCUCGCAACAGGGUCUACUCGCAGUAUGCCAAUCGCUGUGGGACGGAGCGUGUCAUUCCCUUGAACCCAGCAUCUUUUGGCAAGCUCGUCCGCGUUAUCUUCCCCGGCAUCCAAACGAGGCGGCUGGGUGUCCGCGGGGAGAGCAAGUAUCAUUACGUCGACCUCGCUCUUGAGGAGGAGCCAUCUAAUCCAGCCAUGGUGGCUGCAUGGCCCAGCAACGGUAUCCAUCAACUCGAUGAGCGGCAGCGCUCGCAGUCGGUCAGCACGCAGCAGAUCGACUUCAACAACAUCCCGCGUCUGCAAGCUGAUACCGCCGCCUUUCCCAUGACGGAUGGCAACUUCGAUCUCUCCGCAAUAGACUCCGCUGCUGCAAGAGGACCGGCGUCGCGAGGCCGUGCAUUUGCAUACCCAGAUGCUCGCGGAAUGCAGCCUGGCACCGCCGAGUCCUUGACAUACUCGCACACGCUCCGCUUUCCCGCCAACUCGAUGCCGCAUUUCGCAGAAGAUGAGCCGGUCAAUCUACCGGCAAUUCAGCCUUUCCUACCGCACCGCACCGACAACGAUACGGCCGAAGCUCUUGUUGCGCUUUACCGUACCCACUGCACCUCCCUUAUCGACAGCAUCCGCUUCUGCAAAGAAAAGCAGUUCUUCCGGCUGUACACUUCCUUCCACGGCACGCUUACCGUCCCUGUCCAGAAAUUGUUCACGCAUCCGAACCUGGCGCCGUGGAUUGAAGAGUGCGAUUUGGUCAUGUACCGCACCAUGGUGCGCUUUGUAUCCCGCCUCACUUUACAGGCUGCGCCUGUGGUCGUCAUCAACAUUCUUUCGAACAUCUCCGCCCACUUGCACGGCCACAUUGCAAAGACCUUCUCCACACAGCCCUCGCAUGUGCUGGAGGCGAAGCUUCGGCCCGCGACGGUGUUUGCCGGUCUGCUGUACCGUCUCAUCAGAGUGAAUCAGUCUGCGCAUGCGGCAGCCAACCUUCUCACCAUCGACCAGAACCGCGAGCAGAUGUGGCGUGAGUGGGUCACCAUGGUCAAUCCGAAACGCAUCAUGGAAGGCGAACUGCCGGAAUGCGGGUAUGAGGAAGUCUACAAGAUCCUGACGACGGAAAUGCGAGGAUUGCUGGAGCCACUGCAAUCACCCGCCUUCCCCGACGACCCGUAUGGCUUCACCGCGUACAACUUUGAGGAAAAUGGCAGCUUUGCGCAGUUCCUGCAGACCCAGAACGCGCAGACCGGCUCGCAAGCUGGUCCAUCGGCAAUUUCGGCAGACAAUGUGCUCGACCGAUGGUCUACGUUUAUCUCAUCCCUGCCCGCUCGCUUCCCCAACGCGCCAGCCCGGACAUUACUGCACUGUAUAUCUUCUGUCGGCACUGCGGCGCUGCGGGACAUCACCAUCUGGAACGGGCUGAGCUACGGGCACUGGUGGGUGCUCAAGAUUUUUGUGGACGAGAUGUCGCUCUGGAUGGCGGAAAUGGGUGGCUUUCUCGAGCCCGCGGCGGCAGACAUGAGCACUGGGUCCGCAGAUGCUGGUCAGCAGCAGUACUCUCAGAGUCCGGUGCUGCGAGGGACGAACGACGCCAGCCACAAUGGAAGCCGCAUGAGCAGCGCAGGCUCCAACGGCGGUGAUGCGGAUAAUGGAUACGCUGCGCCGUCUCAGCGCUUUCAGCAGCAGCAGCAACACCAAACGCAUGCUCAUCACGCUUUUGAAGGGCAGCACUCAUUGACCGAGGCAGGGGAGAACAUGCAACAUCCAAUGCAGCACAACGACACCGACAUUGAUGACUCGGGAAUCGGGAUGUCGUUCGUGGACGAUGACCUCGCCAUGUCGAAGUUCGGCAUGGCAGGAUCGCAUGUCGGCGGGCAUCUGGGGGCGGGGAUCAGCGUUGAUGCGCUAUAA